UUUUUGCAGUCGCAAAAGAAUAUUUUGUCUUAUAAUUGUUAAUGUCAAGUGUUGACUAAAAGGAUGUUUCAUUAUAAACUAAAUACACUAACGUUAAAAUAUUGUAUUUUAUUGUGGAAUUCCAUGAAUUUAAGAAGUUUUUCCAUAAAACCUGUUUGUCUGUGUAGAUCCUGGCCUGGAAGGUGGUGAGCACUCAGAAGAUGAGUGAAUUUGAAGAGGAGAUGCUCAUCCAGGAAAUCAACCUUCUGAGGGAGCUCCAGCACCCAAACAUCGUAAAGUGUUACGAUCACUUCAUAGACCACCAGAACAAAACGGUCUACAUAGUGAUGGAGUACUGUGAGGGUGGAAGUCUGGACAGUGUGAUCAAAGACUGCACCAAGCAAAAGAGUUUCCUGUCUGAGGAAUACAUUCUUCGGGUUUUGGUGCAGCUUACGUCGGCCCUGAAGCUCUGCCACAGACGCCCUGAUGGCAGCAUUGUUCUUCACCAGGACCUUAAACCAGCCAAUGUUUUCUUGGACAAGGACUUCAGUGUCAAGCUGGGUGACUUUGGGCUGGCACACAUCCUCCCCAGCAGGAAUGAUUACAUCAAGGCAUAUGAUGGGACCGUGAAGUACAUGUGUCCAGUGAGUCAUUUUUCUUGUCUGUUUCUUUUUGAACUUCCUUCUUGUCAGGAGAAGUUCUCAGAGAUUUUGAGGCUUCCAUUUAAUGCUUCCAUAGGAAAGCCUCUGCAGGACUGUGUCAACUGCGUGGAGUUCGAACGAAUCCCGGCCCAGUACUCCGACCAGCUGAACGCCCUGAUCGGGGACAUGCUGCAAGUCGUGUGUGCACAACAGCAGCGACCCAAAUCAGUGAUGUCAUACCCGCUGGCCGAACACCCAUAUGAGAUUGUGUCCAGUGAUAUCUUGGAGUAUGAGGGACUGCACUACAUCGUGGCUGUUGAUCAUUACAGUGAUUCCAUUGAAACUUAA